UACAGCAGCAGGAGCAGGCUGGGCUUAGGGAUCUAUUGUUCCCUGUUUUAUUACUGCAAGAGCUCAUUCGCACUCAUUAAGUAGCCAGGGGAAUAAGAGAAACCCAGAGGGAGAGGAGAGCGUGAGGAAACCUCACCCUCGCUUGCUCAGGAUUACUUCUUGGAUGCGGUGGCGUGGACAAAGCAGAAAAUUCACUUGAGUGCCGCUCUCUACCUUGUGGCCAGGCUCACAUUUUCCUCUCGAUUGCAUUGGGAACAGCAGUAUUUGCCGUGCGGUGGCCAUGGGGACGGCCGGCAGAGGUAUCAGGAUCCAAGAGGUCUUGAAAGGAGCCCCACUCCUCUCUCUCUGGACGUUAGCGCUGCUGUUUUUAUCCAUGUGGGAACUGGAUGCACAAACUGCAGUGGAAACUCGACCCAUGUACAUCUGGCGAACAGGUCCAUGGGGUCGUUGUAUGGGAAGUGAAUGUGGUCCUGGAGGCAGCCAGAGUAGAGCGGUAUGGUGUGCUCAUUCUGAAGGUUGGACCACCCUGCAUACCAACUGUGACCAAGCAGAACGACCAGACAACCAGCAGAGCUGCUUCAGGGUGUGUGACUGGCACAAAGAGCUAUAUGACUGGCAGCUGGGUGCCUGGAACCAGUGUGUCCCAGUGAUGCGCAGUGCAAGGGUGCAGCGUCCUACUACGUGCACUCAGGGAGAGGAAGGAAUUCAGACCCGUGAGGUGGGAUGUGUUCAAAAAGCAAAGGGGGAACCUGCAGAAGAUGCAAUCUGUGAAUACUUUGAGCCCAAACCACGCCUAGAGCAGGCCUGUCUCAUCCCAUGUCCUCAGGACUGUGUGGUGUCUGAGUUUAGCCCAUGGACUCCCUGUUCUAAAACCUGCGGGAUAGGGUUACAGAACCGCAUUCGCUUUGUCCUGGCUCCACCAUUGUUUGGUGGGGCAGCCUGCCCAAAUCUGACUGAAUUUCAGACAUGCCAGCUAGGUCCCUGUCAGGGAGAAGAGAGCCUUUACAGUCUCAGGGUGGGUCCCUGGGGCCCAUGCACUGUUCCACUGCCAAGGCAAACCCGACAGGCAGACAAACCACCAAGAGAGAGUGAAAAACAACCCCGGGAAAGUGAUAAACUUUCUAAUGAGGGAGACAAACUCACCAAAGAGGGUGAAAAACCACCCAGAGGAGAUGGCAAACAGACCAGAGAGGGUGAAAAACAGUUAAAAGAAAGAGACAAACAGCCCAAAGACGGCGAAAAUCCACUUAAAUCCAAAAGAAAACUGGGCAGGGGAAACAGGAAUAGGAAAUCAGACAGGCCAUCGCUACUGGCUGAUCGGCCGAAACGACAGAAAAAAGCGAAAAACAAAGAAAAAAGAGAGAAAUUAAGAGAGAAAGUCCAAGAGAGGUUAAGGGAGAGGGGCAAAGCAAAAGAUGCUGAGACCAGAGAACUCAUCAAAAAGAAGAGAAACAAGAAUCGUCAGAAUCGCCCGGGAGGAAAGUUCUGGGACCUACAAACUGGUUUUCAGACCAGAGAAGUGACCUGUGUGCAUAAGAGCGGGGCUGUCGAAGCUCUAAGCCUAUGCUCUCAGGAGACUUUGCCAGUGACCUUCCAGGCUUGUGUGAUAACCAAAGACUGUGAUGUGACUGAAUGGUCCGAAUGGUCUGCUUGCACCAAGGAGUGCUAUGACCCCACCAGUCCCAAGGCGGUGUGGACUCGCACUAGAAAAGUGACCCAGUUCCCUGUGGGUGGAGGAAUAGAUUGUCCAGAGUUGGAGGAGAAGGAGCCCUGCACCCCCCAGAGUGACGUGGUACCACCCUGCAUUACGUACAGCUGGAAGACCACAGAAUGGACAGAGUGCAAGGUGGACAUGCUACUGAGCCAGCAGGACCGCCGACGUGGAAACCAUACAGGAAUGUGUGGAGGUGGUACUCAGACUCGGGAGGUGUACUGUGUGCAAGCCAGCACUGACACACCAUCAAACCUUAGUCCUCUCAGGAGCAAAGAAGCACUGCGGCCAGUGGACAGUAAGCUUUGUCUGGGUAUUCCUCCAAACACCACCCAACUCUGCCACAUAAGCUGUCCUGUUGAUUGUGAGGUAUCUUCGUGGCGCACGUGGGGACCCUGCACGUAUGAAAAUUGUCAAGACCAGGUAGCCAAGAAAGGCUUUAAAUUGAGGAAGAGGAGAAUCAUCAAUGAACCAACAGGUGGGACAGGAAACUGCCCCCACCUGGUGGAGGCCAUACCAUGUGAAGACCCGAGCUGCUACGACUGGCUGGGGGUUAAACUGGAGGACUGUAUCCCAGAUAAUGAGGAGAAGUGUGGACCAGGAAUCCAGAUCCCUCAGGUCCAGUGUGUCAAUAGUGACGGUGAACAUGUGGAUCGACAACUCUGCCAGGAUGCCAUCCUUCCUAUGCCAUUUAUCUGCGAGGUGCCUUGCCCUAAGGACUGUGCCUUGAGCCCCUGGAGCUCCUGGUCUCUCUGCUCCCACACCUGCUCUGGAAAGAACACAGAGGGCAAACAGACCAGAACUCGUUCCAUCCUCGCCUAUAAUGCAGGAGAAGGACAAGAGAAAGCAAUGUGA